AGGAAGGGCCCAGGGCGCGACCCGCACUCGCCGAGCAGCCAAGCGCACCCCUGCUCCCAAAGCGCCAUGCACCGCAGCCGCGCCGCCAGCACUGCCAGCACCGCCGACAGGGCAGCAACAGCCAUGCUUUGGGGCUGUGAGCUAAACCAGGAGAAGCGCACCUGGACCUUCAAACCGCAGAAGGAGGGGAAGCAGGACUGUAAGGUGUUGCUGAGUACGAUUUGCUUGGGGGAGAAAGCCAAGGAGGAGAUUAACCUCGUGGAGAUCCUGCCCCCAGCAAGCCAGGAGGACAAGAGGCCGAAGCCCAUCACCAUCGCCUCACUGCAAGCCUCCGUCCUGCCCACGGUCAUGAUGGGCCUGGAGCUUUCUCCUCCGGUCACCUUUCAGCUGCGGGCUGGCUCUGGGCCCGUGUUCCUCAGCGGCCAGGAAUGCCACGGUGAGUCGUUUCUCGGAUGGCACAAGGAAGAAGAGGAGCAGCCAGAGGAGGAAGAAGAUGAGGAGGAAGACGAGGAUGAGGAUGAGGAUGCGGAUCUGUCCCUAGAGGAAACCCCUGUCAGACCAGGCAAGAGACUGAUGCCCCAGAAGCAGACCAGCGUUACCAAGAAAAAGAAGGUGGAGAAAGAAGAGGAAGUGAUGAGAUCCAGUCUGAAAGACAAGAGCCUCGCAAGUAAGGCCAAAGCCACACCCAGAGCUAAAAAGCCGACAUUCAAGAAAUGA